AAGUAAUAGCUUAAGCCACCUCAAGCCGCGAAGAAACUAAGAAACUGUGUGUGCUGCUUCAAAGUUUCGAAGUGCAGAGCUUCAUAUUUUUAUAGUAUUGUAACUUGACAGUGGCAGCUUUUCCGAUAAUUCCACUAACUUUACAAAGCGAGCGACAUGAAGACUAAACGCCGACCGUACAUUCUACAAAACUUCAAGGGGGAUCGAAAGCAGGUGACAGCGUCGAGCUGCUGCGAUCUUCUUUCAAGCGGACACAGUCUCUUCGGGAUACCACCGAAGAAUGCUAGUUUAGUUCUGGAAGACGGUACAGAAAUCGACGACGAGUACCUCGCAACUUGCGGCGACUACACUGUGUUCAGCGUUUUGAGGCCGUCGGAGACGAUCAAGUAUAUUCCGCAGAAGGCUAAAGAAUUGGUUGGUCACUUCACGAGACUGUUGGCAUCCAGAUCAAACGAAGUCGUAGCUGCACUUGAACCUUACAAGGGUCAGUUGAUAGAACAAAUGUUGGGGAAUAUCGAAUCCCUCGAGGUUCCUGAGCAUGUUUUGUUGGCCGAUAACAAAGAUCAAGAUCCCAAAUGGUUCGAAGGCGAGAAACGGGCCACAUCCAAGAGAAAAGUAAUGAGAGAGAGGGCCAAAACAAGAAUCAAGGGAUAUUUUUAUAAGUCUAAAGAAGAUCUACAGAAAUGUGUUUCCGAGAAUGGGAAGCAGUGUCUCAGCCAGCUGUUUGAGGAGUUUUCUGCUCUCUUGAGGGCAGGCGACCACAACGGCCACUACUUUGUGCGCGGAGAAAAGGAAGCGCUCUGCUGUGAGAAGGGCCAGUUUCUCUGCCAAGGAACGUUCAGCAAGCCCAGUUGCGACAGCCGAGUCCACAGGAUUAAUCCAUAUGGUAGCCGAGAACAGCUGGUCUGUUUCAGUACUUGGAAUUUAGACCACAGGGUGGAAAGGUCCAGGUCCAUACUGCCGGCGAUUGGCAAAGCCAUAGAGGAAGCCAACGGACGCAUCUUGAAUGCACGCUACUUCUACAAGCUUCUUUUCACCACAGACAACCUGAAGCUGGUUCACCCCGUCUGCCAUAUCAAGUCGGAACAUGGCGGAUUCAAGUGCGAGCGUGCGCACUGGUACGUCGACGACGGUGCGCCGUGUGGAGACAACGGAAAGGUCGUUUGGAAGAACCACUCAUUGCGGUCUACCGUGGACUGAUCUCCUAUUGCUUGGAAGAACCAGAUUAUGGUCUAACAUGGAUCGAUCAUCUAUUUUUUGGGAGAACCAUAGUGUACGGUCUGAUAUGGACUGAUCUCGUAUUAUUUGGAAAAACCAGUGAAUGGUCUACCGUUGGCUGAUCUAUUUGGAGGUAUACCACAGUGUUCAAUCUACCAUGGACUGACCUUUUAUUUGAAAGAAUCGCAGUGUACAAUCUCCUAUGGACCAACCCCCUUUUGAAGCUUUUUUUGGUGCAGAAUGUGUUUUAUGGCAGACACCUAAGCAUUUCUGGGUCUCAUUCCAGUGAUAGAACCAAAAAGCGUGAGUGCCAGCCGAACGCCGACGCAGUGCCCUUCUCCUCACCGACUCACACAAGUGCCAUCUAUGCGUCCCGCUGGAUAAGAGCGAAUUGCUCCCGCGGGUCAUAUCACGUGAUCAAACAUACCAGAAGCCAGUGACACGCUCUACUCCUAGUAUGCGCUGAACAAGUGAGCUCUCAGGCUUUUGGCAUUCCUGCCGAGUGCACAUGCUCUUUUCUUCCGUCUUUUUUCACUUCGGUGCACUUUCCAAAUAGGGCCCGGCUGCUCGCGAGGAAACUGCAUGCGUGGCGCGAGUCUUUCAUCUUUGUAAUGCAAUUGACACAAAGGUGCAGCGAGCUGGACAAGAAUAACGACAAUAAUCCCUGGAGAAGGGGAACAAGGGGGACAAAGGACAAACAAAUUUUCAAACACAGCUAAGUGACAGGUGCGCGACCGAGAAAAUCCGCUUGGUCCUGGUAUCGAGCCAGGGACCUUUCCAUUUCCACUGGAGCGCUAAUCAGGAGUUGGACGUCAGGAGAGCGAACGGAUUGAAGCAAAAGGGAUCAUUAUCGUUACGUCUUUCAUCUUCUCCGCUUCGCUAUGCCUUGUUCCUGAGUUAUCGUGUUGGAGUUGCCGUGGCACUAGAAACGGCGGUGCUGCAAUCGCACAUCGACUUGUGCUUGCCUCAAGAACCGCAGUAGAAAAAAGUCUGGCUCCUCAUAGAACAUGACUAAAUCUCUCCUUCACAUAAUUAAUUAAGAUGUAUCCUGCAUUGGCUUUAUGUCAUCGAGGUAUACACAUUACAAAUGCAAAAAACAUGGUUUCUUCCUUCGACAACCAAACCUUCCAAGAACUACUGCUUCGCGCAGCACAUGAACGAUGUGCAAAACUUCUUUUUUUCUUAAUUAAUGUGACGAGUAUAGCUUGCUGCUGAAUUACAUUCCAUGAUACCUCUGCCUUUGCCACGAUAGUAAUGAAAAGUUUUUUCUCGCAACUUCACUGCCGUUGUUGUUUGCCACAUCCGUUUAUUUUACCUACACUUGUUAUGAUGUGCAGUGGUCUGUGCCGUCGCGUAGCUGCAGCUGCCCAGAGCACAACUAAGUGGUUUCCCUAAGUGACAUAGUUGUAGCUUAAAGAACAGAAAUCCACAAUUAGUUGCAAAGGCAACUAAUUGUGUGAUCUUUGUUUCACUAGAGCGGUGGUUAUCAUGCUACCUUUGGGAACUAAGGUAUGUUGCAGAUACUGUAACAUCCUUUUUCCUUUUGUAUACAUAUUUUUUUCUUUUCAUUUUUUAUAUGCAAUGCAGCAGGGUACUUUGCUUGGGGACUGUGAGACAGUAUGCAACGUUUAACUUUUAUGCAUUUUGCUAUGUUUUAAGAUGCUGCACUGCUCAAAUUUUGUGCAUAAUAACAGUUGUUUAAUGCUUUUAUAUAUAAUUUACGCAGCUUUAGCACCAUAUUUGUGUUAAAAUAAUACAAUAUGCAGUUGAAAAUGCUACAGAUAGUCACUUCCCCGAGUGCUUCGAGGUAUGCAUGAUUUUGUGUCCGAUUGUUUGAUUCUCACAAGCCACCUGUACAAUUGUGCAUCACACCUACAUUGUGGCAUUUAUAAAUUCAUUCUAAUUUGUGCACUUCAUUUCAGCCGGUGAAAAGCAUGUUUGCUCAAUUUACUAGAGGCUCUUCCAGCGAGGAAGAGGGCCUAAACUAUCAUCGGACCCUGCAGUCUGUUUUAUCAACAUAUUCAUUGUAGUAUGUACACGGGCAUACUUUUGCCGGUUGAUGCCUCUCAUGACUGUCAUUGUGCAUUAUGGAGCAAUAAAGUUGGCAGAGUUGUAAA